AUGGCCUCACGCGCCGACUCCCGAUACUCAUCAGAGCUCGACUAUAAUUCAGGCUAUUCGAAGAACUAUCAGCAACCCACUGAUGGUUAUCAAUAUAACCCAUGGGAUUUCGAAAAUCCAUGGGCACAUGGACUUUGUAGUUGUACAGACAAUUGUGAUGAAUCGUGCUAUGGCAUAUGGUGUUUUCCUUGUUUUGUCUGUCAUCUGGCUUGGCGUAUGAAUGAAUCGUGUUGGAUAACAUUCUUCCUACCCGGACAUCUUGCUGUUCUACGAACAAAAAUGCGCACAGCGUUUCGAAUCCAUGGCACUUAUUUCUCUGACUUUCUUGCUUCACAAUGUUGUCCAUGUUGUACAGCAAUUCAAAUGGCUGGUGAACUACGUUUUCGACGAGUGAUCAGUUAA